CGUCAUGCAUCUGCCAGUGUGACCCGCAGCGCGCGCAGCUGAGCUUGAAAGCCAAUAAAGGUCGCUUUCCCCGCACAUAAAGGUCUAUUCAUCUUCUCUCCGUUAGACCAUCACAAUGGCAGCAUCAGGCGCGCUUCCCGGUCUCUUUUUCUGCUUUUCGGCAAUGCUUCUCCUCAUUUUUGUUUCUGUAUCAUCACCAACGUGGAACAGCAUAUCCUUUCUCAAUGCUAACCAAUACGCCUUUGGUGUAUUCGGUUAUACAGGCUCCAAAGUUCAAGUUGGCUACUAUUUCCCUCUACCAGGAGACAUCAACACAGGAAUUCUUCACAGUCUCACCUUCGUUCUCAUCCUUUACCCAAUUGCCGCUGGCCUUUCCGGUCUUGCGUUCCUCUUCGGAGUAUGUGGUGCAGGAUAUCAUAGGGCCGGCACCGUCUUUAUGACUUUACUCGCUGGACUUGCGACACUGUGCACUUUGGUUGCAUGGAUCAUCAGCAUGUCUUUAUUCGGUACCGUCAGAGAUCGCUUGAGAAGCGAGGGAAUCAAUGCAAAUUGGGGAAAUGCGAACUGGCUUGCGCUUGGCGCGCUAGUUGCGCUGCUUCUAGGCUCCUGCACCGCAGCAUGUGGAAUAUUUGGACACUACCGUGACAGGCGUUCGAGGAGGUAGUUCGUGAACUGUGGAUGUUUUUAAGAAACAUUCUGAGCGACCGAUAUGAAAGAGCGAUGUAAUAUUUGAUCCCAUAUGCUACUUACCAUUCGGAUGGACUCGCCCGUUAUGCUCAUUCAAACGUGUACUUAUAAUAUCCGAUAGUUUGUCCUGUAACGAAUCAUGCAAUCAAAAUGCUGCCUCUACUCAACCUUCAA